CGAAAAAAUCGCCGAAAGUGCACCCGGCACCACACGGCGUUCUUCUAUCAUUUUCUAAAAAUACCAAGCAUGAGAGGAAAUUAUCUCUCCGGGCCUCAAAAACACUUUUACAGAAUUAUAUCCAGUCGCGAGAUCAAGCCAGGUCGGUUGCGGAGUGCGUCGCGUUUCAAAUAAAGUUCCGUUUUCGAAUCUCAAAAGAAAAAAAAAUGGCCGACGUCGACUCUUACGCCAAUUUCACCAUCACCGAAAAAAAGACGAAGAAGGUGAAAAAGGUCAGCAAACGGCAAACGCAGGACAACGACUUAGGAAAUGAAGUUACCACCAUCACGGAGACCAACGGAACCAGGGGUGGCGAAUACACGAAAGCGAUGAACAAGGAUUGGCACGGUCAACAUUUCUGCUGUUGGCAGUGCGACGAAAGUUUGACCGGACAACGCUACGUUCUGCGUGACGACCACCCCUACUGCGUGUCCUGUUACGAGUCAGUCUUCGCUAACGCUUGCGAAAAGUGCAGUAGGACGAUUGGAAUCGAUUCGAAGGAUCUUUCUUACAAAGACAAACAUUGGCACGAGGCCUGCUUCUUGUGCACCACCUGCACUGAAUCUCUGGUAGACAAACAGUUCGGUUCCAAGGGUGACCGUAUCUACUGCGGCCGUUGCUACGACGAUCAGUUCGCUUCCAGGUGCGAUGGGUGCCAUGAAAUCUUUAGAGCAGUGAUUUCGGAAGCCGAAAUGGCAGGAGUUUUAAGUGAUCAGUUUAAAAGGUUGAACUUGCAAACGAAAACCGUGGGCGAGGAUAGGAUAAGAAGGGCCAAAGAGCGUAACGAGGAUGUCGCGAUUUUAUCUAUGGAAUUGCCUGGUGAUAACACGAAGACAUUCAGAUGUUCGUCGGGAAAAGAUUGCUUGUUUGGAAGUCCUACGAGUUUACCAUUAGGAACCAAGAAAAUGGAAUACAAAACCAGACAGUGGCACGAGAAAUGUUUCUGCUGUUGCGUGUGCAAAGUGCCGAUCGGUACUCAGAGCUUCAUCCCGCGCGAACAGGAAAUCUACUGCGCCAAGUGCUACGAGGACAAGUACGCUACGAGAUGUAUCAAAUGUAAUAAGGUUAUUGCCAGUGGUGGUGUGACCUACAAGAACGAACCGUGGCAUCGCGAAUGCUUCACCUGUACGCACUGCCAAAAGAGCCUGGCCGGAGAACGUUUUACUAGCCGUGACGAGAAACCUUUCUGCGCUGAUUGUUUCGGCGAGCUGUUCGCCAAACGGUGCACCGCUUGCAAUAAACCCAUCACUGGAAUUGGUGGAACAAAAUUCAUCUCCUUCGAAGACCGUCACUGGCACAACGACUGUUUCUUCUGCGCCAGCUGCAACACCAGCCUGGUAGGACGUGGCUUUAUCACUGACCAAGAAGACAUCAUCUGCCCAGAAUGCGCUAAACAAAAGCUGAUCUAAAUCAGGCCUUGAUAUUUCUGACAAUUUAAUAGAAAACUGUUUCGAGUCAACUAAAAAUGUGUAAAGACUCGGAACAACACACAUGACACUACAUGACAAAACACGCAUACACUUAUUUCACACAUUUAUACACUCACUUAAACACACCUUGAAAAAAAAGAAAUUUGAAAAAAAAUACAAAAAAAAUAAAUAUUUUUUUUUUUAUAAAUUUACUAAACGUUAUUUAAGGCAGCUUGUUGCAUAUCAAGUUUUGAAAAUUAUUACAUAUUUUAAUGAAAAAGUAAACUUCUUAUGACUCAAUGUAAUUUAUUUUGUGUUUGUUUGAUUUCCUCUGCUUUAUGUAAAAUUUUGAAUUAUUUUUUUAGGCUUUUUGUAUUAAAAUUUAAAAAAAAAAAUAGAAAAAUAUUUUGAUAAAAAAAAAAUAAACAAAAACAAAGGAACGAUGAACUACUAUUUAUGACAUUUAAAAAAUAAUUUGUUUGUUAAAUUUGUUAUUGCCUUAGUUAGGUUCUUUUUCAAGGCCAGUUUCUUAAAAUAAUAUUCAAAGAAAUUUAGAUAAUUAUUGCUUACUCAAAGUAUAAUGGAUUUGAUAGAGAAACUGGCCUUUGACUAAAUAAAUCAUUUUUGUGUUUUCUUUGUAGAUAUUUAUAGAGCUUUUGAUUGAGGCAUUUAAAAAAAUAUUGAAUUAAAUAAAGGGCAGUUUGAUGCUAUUUUUAGUUUGUAAAGUUGAUUUUCAAAUAUUUUAUGAUUAUAUGAUGAUUAGUUAUACGAAAUGUUAUUAGUGUAAUUUAUAUCAAUUGAUUAACAAAGUUAAUUUAUUUUUAACUCUAUUUUAGAUUUAUUAUUAUUCGAUUAACAUUUUUGGAAUGUUACAAAUUUAUCAGCUUUUUAAUGAAUCGUAUAAAAGUUACAGGGCUUCGCUUAUAAUUAUUUAGGAGAUUUUACUGUCAAAUUUUAUUAAAAAUUUAAUAAAACUCUUAUUGGAAGAUUCUAA